CUAUAAAAUUAAGCCAUGCUUCCUCUUCCUCAGUCUUUUUCAUACAUGACAUCUCUCUACUCUGACAAGCUCAGUAUCUCCAAAUGGAUUCCUCUCUGGUCCAAGUAAUAUUCUUUCCCCAUCUCCUUCUUCCUCCUCUAUAUCUUUUCCAAUUCCACUGCCCAUCUCUUCUCUGCUCUACCUCAACUCAAGACCAGCUCCCUGCAAAGGCAUGAUCACAUGAUAAACAAGAAAGACCGAUAUUGGAAGACAUAUUUCGGAGAAUACAGCUUGUAGAUUUUCUGGUGGCUUGUACCAAAAAAGAAAAUAGAGAGAGCUUCAAGAACUAUGGUUUUUUGCUAGAGAGAUCUCUUUGUUCCUCUACAAGAAUUCUUGAGGCUGAUCCAAGCUUAAGCAUUGUGAUUCUUGACUCUAGAGACAGCUUGCUAUUCAGCAACAGAGGAGGAAGGAGAGGGAAAGGAAGAUGGGGUUCUGGUCCCUGUUAAUGGUGGCAUCCAUGCCAAACUUGCAGGUCUUGCUUGUAGGCCUGCUUGGAGCCUUUCUGGCAUCUGGGUAUAUUAAUAUCCUGUCAACCAAUGCGCUAAGAGAUGUGAACAAGAUCGUGUUUGCCGUGUUCUCCCCAGCCCUCGUGUUUGCGAGCCUAUCUGAAACGAUUACUCUCCAAGACAUCCUUUCUUGGUGGUUUAUGCCCAUUAAUAUUGGCAUCAUAUUCUCAAUUGGAGGAAUCCUUGGAUGGGUAGUGGUGAAGAUCUUGAAACCCGAGCAUCAUCUUGAAGGCCUUGUAAUUGCUAGCUGCUCAGCUGGUAACCUGGGAACUUUGCUCUUGAUCAUUAUCCCAGCAAUCUGCAAUGAAGAUAGAAAUCCAUUUGGGGAGUCCAGUGAUUGCAAAACCCUGGGACUUUCCUAUGCAUCUUUUUCGAUGGCGCUAGGGAAUUUCUUCAUAUGGUCACAUACCUACAGUCUUAUGCGGAAAUCGAGUGUUCUUCAUGAAAAAAUCCAUAGUGAAAAUGGGAUACAAUUUCCUGAAAAUGAUUCAAUGACCAGUGUGGAAGCUCAAAACCAGUACAAAGAAGGACGUAGGGAUCAGGAAGCUUUGCUUCUGCCACCAACUAAACCUACUGAUGGAGCUGCACAACAUCAAAGUAUUGUCCCACUGUUAUCCAAAGGAGAGGGUAGUGAAAAUAAGGUGAAUUUCUGGAUGAGCCUAAAAGCAACUCUACACCAGAUUUCAAAUGAAUUGCUAGCACCACCAACUAUUGCCGCAAUUUUUGGCCUUGUCAUUGGCAUGAUACCAUGGUUAAAAUCACUUAUCAUAGGAGCCACUGCUCCACUUAGGGUGAUUCAGGACUCCAUCUCAUUACUAGGGGAUGGUUCGAUACCUUGCGCCACUCUAAUUCUUGGAGGCAACCUAACCCCAGGGAUCCGUGGAUCAGCAGUAAAGCCUGUGGAAAUUGUAGCAAUUAUCUGUGUGAGGUAUGUGAUCCUUCCCCUCUUCGGGAUUGCCGUGGUAGAAGCAGCAGGAGAGCUUGGGUUCCUGCCACCAUCUCCCCUCUUCCAAUACAUGUUACUGAUACAGUUCACUCUGCCACCCGCCAUGUCUAUUGGUAUAAAUGCUUAUGUUUACUAAUCUUCUUUCAGUAGUAAAUUUUACAGCAUAUGAAUGCAUUGGCCAUCUAAUCAGAAGAACAGAAAUGUCUCUAGUUUCUGAUGAUGGGACUAAAGAUUGGAAAUGGAAUGCAGGUACCAUGGCUCAGUUGUUUGAUGCAGGUAAGGAAGAGUGCUCUGUCAUCUUCCUGUGGACCUACUUGGUUGCUGCCAUUGCACUUACAGUUUGGUCGACAAUAUUUAUGUGGAUCUUGUCCUAAAUGUAAUAAUGAUAUGAUAUGAACCGAAAAUAUUAUGCUCCACCAGCUCUUGUAUUCGAUUAAAGAAUUCUGCUUCUGAAGCAAUUCAGCCCUUCCUCUUUCACAAUAA